AUGGCUGGGAAGAAAAGAAGGAGAAAAUCUUUGAAGCCCAGGAAAAAGGCAAUUUCCCGCUCUUCACAGGCAGAACUUCAGUUUUCGGUGAGUCGAGUGGAGCGAUACCUGAGAGAAAGUGGCUAUGUGCAGCGACUGUCCUCCCCCACCCCAGUCUUGCUCGCUGGCAUCCUAGAGUUUCUGACAGCUAACAUCCUGGACCAGGCUGCCAAGGAGACUCAGGACAAGCACAAGAAACGCAUCGCCGCCCAGCACCUGGAGAGCAUGAUAAAGAGCAUCCAGCAGCUCCAUCCCCUUUUAGGGGAUGGCACCAAGUCUCUGCUUGAAGUGAUGGUCCUUUCCAAGGACAAGUGA